CCUCCACCAUGCAAAGGCUGCCUCGGCUGAACUAGCAAGGAGGUUUAACAAACAAAACUUGGAUAUAGCUCUAAUCCAAGAACCGUGGGUACGUGACAGAGUCAUUGAGGGACUCCAAGAUGUUAAUGUUCACUACCACCGAUCUCGUUGCGAUCUGGACCAAGGUGCCAACAGACAAAGGCGAGCACGAGGUAAUCAUUGCCUCUGCCUACCUUCCAGGAGAUGAGGAAACUGCUCCAACAAGGGAACUUGUAGCCCUAGUCAACUACUGCAAGGAGAACCACCUACGCUGGAUAAUAGGAUGCGAUGCGAAUGCCCAUCAUACGAUAUGGGGCAGCACAAACAUCAAUGCGAGAGUCCAAAUGUACUAUCAGAAGUCUCAAAUUGGCAUGUGUCCGGGGAAGCAUCAAUGUCGGACCACAGUCUUAUCAGGUUUGACUUAG